AUGUCUUCUGCACCAAAACUUGUUCGUGUGGCUCAAUCCGCCGUUUUCAACCAAUUCAUGACCAGAGAAGCCAUCAGCUCUGCCACCUUCCGACCAGCCGAACCAAAAAUGAUGGAACAAUCAAAAAUGAACAUUCGUAUCCACGAUGAAUCCACGCAUCUGAAGUUCGGAUUCCCAAAAGCCGAAAAAGUUUCUAACCCAAACAACGACGACUUCAUCCAACUGAACUGUGAGAAAUUGAUAAAAGAAGAACAGGAUCGACAAUGCGCCUUUUUGAAAAUGGCCAAUCUACGUAUUUAA